UCUCGGCGGCGUCCUCGGAGUCGCCCUGGUCGCGGCCGUGCUGCUGCAGGUGCUGACGGCGCCCGUCCACGCCGCCAAGAGCCACGUCUUCGAGAAGCCGGCGAAGGGCCCCGACAACCCGCCGCGGUUCCACGCGCCCAUCGUCAAUGAGUCCGCGCCGGUGAGCAGAGAGGCCGUGCUCACCUGCCUCGUGGACGACCUGGGCAACUACAAGGUCGCAUGGCUGCGCGUGGACACGCAGACCAUCCUCACCAUCGCCAGCCACGUCAUCACCAAGAACCACCGCAUCGGCGUGUCGCAGAGCGACCCGCGCACCUGGAAGGUGCACAUCAAGGACGUGCGCGAGUCGGACCGCGGCUGGUACAUGUGCCAGAUCAACACGGACCCCAUGAAGAGCCAGCAGGGCUAUCUGGACGUGGUCGUGCCCCCGGACAUCCUGGACUACCCGACGAGCACGGACCUCGUGGUCCGCGAGCUGAGCAACGCCACGCUGCGCUGCGUGGCCAACGGCUCGCCGCAGCCCAACAUCACGUGGAAGCGCGAGGGGGGCGCGCCGCUGUACCUGCCGUCGGGCAAGGAAGUGAUGGCGGUGGAGGGCCAGAACUACACGAUUCCCCGCGUGACCCGGGAGCACAUGGGAGCGUACCUUUGCAUCGCCUCCAACGGAGUGCCCCCGUCCGUCAGCAAGCGCAUUUUCCUCACCGUCGAAUUCCCGCCGGUGAUCGAGGUCCCCAGCCAGCUGGUCGGCGCGCGUGUGGGCCGACAGCUCGUCCUGCAGUGCCUGUCGCAGGCCUUCCCCAAGUCCAUCAACUACUGGGUCAGAGGGGACAACACGCUCGUCAAAGGUCCUGGUUACCAGACGGAAACGAUAGACUCUGCGUACUCCAUCAGCAUGCGGCUCACCAUCAAAAGCGUUGCGCUCGAGGACCUGGGCGAGUACAAGUGUGUGAGCAAGAACUACCUCGGAGAGACCGAACAGAGCAUCAAAGUCGACCACGUCAAGACUCCGGACUGGGGCCUGUCUUCCACCAAACUACCCAAGCACACGAAAGGAAAGUAUCUUGGUCGUCCGGUGAGCGAGAACAGCGUGGAGAUCCCCGACGCGGAAGAGUCGACGGCGUCGUCUUCACCCGCCCCCCGGGGCACCGCCAACGUCUUCCUGCUCGUCACCUCCCUCCUUUGGAUCUCUUGCGGCAAGCCCGUUGCGAGGCUGUGACUGACGCCGCGGCACUGAUUGUAAAUACACCGUACUUUAAGACGACGAGCUCUGCGGACUAUGAUAGGUGCAUUCGGGUACAUGGAAUUGCUGUGAGCUAGUCUGGUUUUUUUUUACCGAACCUCCUGAAUUGACUAGAUUAUUGUCUGUAAAUAGAUUAUUUGUCACUAGAACCACGUGGCGCUAAGCUCUCCUACCCAACUCAGUCGGAAGUUUUUAAUUUACUUUAGACUAAUUUGAUGUUGGUACUAUAUUAGUAUCUUGUAUUUAAGCUGUAAAUAAGUAACUGUACUCCUACCGACUAAGAUUAUACGAUGUACACGAAUGUUUUGCUCAGAAAACAGCAAAUUAAUGCUAGCUAAUAUUUUGUGUGCCAUAGCGCGUGUUAGGUGUGACAUGUCAUUCAAAGGACGGAUAAAAGAGUACUUGUAUUGGGGGGCCGCAGUCAUUAUUUUUCUUUUUAAAUACUCAUUCGGAUGCUUAUGUCGCUAGGAUGGCGUUAGUUUAAUUCGCGUCGAACAUACCAUCGAUGUUAGAAAAUCCGCUGUUAGAAAGGUACCGAAAUGGCAGAUCUACUCUUAUUCACUUCUUGCGUAGUUGCUGUCAGUAGAUUCGAAAUUAGAAAAUUUAUCUCUAGUUUCUGUCAAGACACUGUCAUUUGUUAACUAUUCUACAGUCGUACAUUUCUCUCAUGAAAUGUUAACAAAUUUGCUGGGUGUGAAGUUUUAGAACAUCCCAAAGAGAGCAAUAAGUAGUCUCAGGAAAAAAAACUUGACACGUUUCCAGAGCACCGUGUACAUUGUUUGCCUCUCAAGGAAAUUUCUCUGGGAAGAAAUUUACUAUUUGAUAGGGGUCGUGAGCCUCUUUAAAGUGCUCGUCAAGAGCGAAUCCGUUUUACUAUGAAUUAGACUACUGCGGACUACUGCUUCACAGUACGGCUUGCUAGGGAGAAGCGCUGUCUUGCGCAGAAUAGAUUUUUUGCCCUUGUUUCAGACGGAAUGAAAAGACUAGCCUACAUAUCAACCGAAUCUUUGUGAUUUGGUCUUAUCUCUCCUUGCAUGAAUAUGAGCUUAUUUUCUAUAAUGAAUUGAAAUAUUUAAAAAAACAUUUUGAAACGAUGUCUAAAGAUUAAUCAAGAGUAGACUGACAUAUGAUUCGUCAGAAACGAAUUUCAUAGUUUGGAAAUGCAAUCAAAAGUGUGAAUAUGUUACUUUAGUCUGCUAGUGGAUAUAAAUGAUAGCGUAUACCCCGCGCGCGAGGAACUUGUUGAUUCUUGCCGAUACUCCUCGCGACUCGGCGCAGCGAGUCAAGAGUCAAGUACAUUGGAAGUACAUUGGCAGCACAUUGGCUGGUACUCUACCAUGGUUAUUCUGUUUUGGCUCCAGCGUCCAUUGUAAUGGAAGGGACUCGGUCAAACUUGUGUAUGGGAAUGCCGGAAACGGCCUUCAGGUGCUGCUAGGGAAUCUGUGUUUACUAAUGUAUAAGAUAGUAUUAUGCGAAUGUGUUUUAUUAAAUAAUGCAAGGAUGAAAUUUUAUAAAA